UAGGAGAGGCUGCGUUUGCCAUGGUAGAAGCCCUCGGUCGGCCUGAUUUGGUCAUGUUAUGUCUGCACCAUAGCAUGGCCCUGGGAGCGUAGGGCACGCCGGUGGCACAUGCGAACUUCCAUAGCAAGAAUCAACCAUCAGGAGCGCAGUCAUGGCAGGAGGAUUUCCAGGGCCCGGCGUACCAUCUCUGCAUAUUAUGUGCUUCUCCAAGUCUCGACCCUGGUAUUUUGAUGGUUAGCCAGGGUAGAAAAGAGGGUAUGGUCUCGGUUCGACGCGGGUUGGCAGGAUCCGUCUGCGUUGCCAGUGAAGCCUCGGCCUCCAACCCUCAUUCGCUUGCGGCACGACGCCGCGUCUGUUCCUGCCGUCCCACGCCGCAUAUUCCCCACGAUGCGGAUACCGCGCUUAGCGAUAGCCGCGAUGGUAGACGAGGAUCGAGAAGAGAUAUAAAUGGCAACUGGACAUCAGAGGCGGUCCUUGGGAGGGAUUGUCCCGCCGUCAAAAGUCCCGGAAAAUGCUAAGUAUAGCCUAAGCAUCGCAGUGGUCUAUCCUUCGGGGG